UUCAGUUUACUCCCAAAAACAGUUUUGAACUUGUCGCCGGCUGUAAGCGAAGAUGAAUAUUUUCUUAGUUUUAAUCUUAAUUUAUUUGUCAACGACUUCAGCCAUCAACGAUACAAAAUUGACUCUUGAAGAAUGGUACAAUGAAAUAAGUGCAAAUCAUCCAAAGGUUGCUCAAGGCAAGCCAUUCUCUCUUCAACUUAACGAGAUCAACAACAAGAAAUGGUGCAUCAAUGAUGCUAUAAACAUCUUCAACUACAAACUAAAAGUGUUAAAUUAUGCAGAAGCAAAUAUUCUCAUUUAUGGCGCUGGAAUGAAUUGCUUAAGCACUAAAGAUUUUACAUGGAAGCAGCUAAUUAAAAUGUUGGCUGAUCACUACAGCAUUAGUAUGCCUGAAAAUAAGGUUUGCUUUAUGUUGGAACUAGAAAAAUUCCAGCCAAAAUCGACAGCACUUUGGAAUUUUAAUUCAGCUAAUUUAGAAAUUGAUGCAGCAGCUUGCGAUGAUGUUGUUGAUAAUUCUGGCUAUGCUGAACAUUUAAAGAACAUCGAAAGUGUGUUUGGGAAUUUAGAUGAACUGACUUGUGGUGCUGUGAAUGGAAAUAGUUUAAAGAAGCUUCUGCUAACGAUCGUCGUGCUUUCUUCCGGAGAAGUUGAUCAGUACACAGAUUACAAUACAAAUUUACUGGCAAAAGAGGCAAGUAAGAUGUUGGACGAUGCCUUUAAAUGUGUUAAAUCACGAAUGAUAUCAAGUGGACAUCAAUGGAUGAGAUCUACAGUAGCUACAACUAAGACAACCCAGCAGAGACCCAACAACAACAAAAGUUCAGAAAAUCGAGAUGAUUCAUUGACUGGCGAGAGAGUUUUUUGGUAUGCACAGCAAAAAUGGUUCGAUGUGCAUCAAUUUUAUGGACGAAAGUAUCUUCACGCUAAUGGCAAUUGGGUUCAAAUAAUUAAAAAUAAUCGUUUAUUUUCUAUUGAAAUGAAACCUUAAAAUUGAAUUUCUUAAUUUUAAUAAAAAAAGAAUUCAUCAUUUGGAAAUUCCCACAUUUUAAUGACUUAAUUAUUUUAUAUAAAUUUACUCAACCUUAUCAAUUUUUUUUAAGAUUAAGGAUUUGUGUUGAUAUGAUUUGUGGAGUGCUUGAUUCGUUG